UUUACGUCGUUUCCACGUCGACAGGAAAGGAAAAUGGAUGCGCUCAUUCUGGAGCCCUCUUUGUACACCGUCAAGGCUGUCCUCAUAUUGGACAAUGAUGGAGAGCGACUCUACGCUAAGUAUUACGAUGACACAUAUCCUACAGUGAAAGAACAGAAGGCAUUUGAGAAGAACAUCUUUAACAAGACACAUCGCACUGACAGUGAGAUUGCUUUGCUGGAAGGCCUUACAGUGGUGUACAAAAGCAAUAUUGAUCUGUACUUUUAUGUAAUUGGAAGCUCUCAUGAGAAUGAGUUGAUGCUGAUGUCUGUUCUAAACUGUCUGUUUGACUCACUGAGUCAAAUGUUGAGGAAGAAUGUUGAGAAGAGAGCCUUAUUAGAGAAUAUGGAGGGCCUUUUUCUGGCUGUAGAUGAGAUAGUCGAUGGUGGGGUGAUCCUGGAGAGUGACCCUCAACAGGUGGUGCAUCGGGUGGCACUGAGGGGUGAUGAUGUGCCAUUAACAGAACAGACUGUCACACAGGUGCUUCAAUCUGCAAAGGAGCAGAUCAAGUGGUCUCUGUUGCGAUAGGACAGUUCUUGAAGCUGUGGGAAGCAAAUAUCAGUCGUAGAGUUUGUCUUGUGCUUACAGUUCCUCUUCUUAAUUCCAGUACUUUCUUUACCUUUAUCUCCAAUUACUGCACUGAAUCAUCUGAUUGCUUCUGCAAUUAAGAGUCACAAGUGGACCUCAUUCUCUUUUUUUUUUUUCCAGUUUUUGCACAUUCCCAUGGAGCUACACUGCAUACAUUUUUACCUAAAUGAACUGUGAAAAAUUAAGCUUGAUGACAUUGGUUAUAUUUUUGAACAGAAGUAUUUGUUCUUUUCUUCACUGAUACCAUAGAAAUUCAUGAACACUUCCAGAAAGGUAACUUAGAAAAGCCUACAAUGAGAUAAAUGUUGAGGGAAGAAAGUUGUGCUUUUAAUGUUCUACAUUUUAAAAUGUUAAUACAUACUGUUGAUCUCUAGAGCAGGGCUCAGUCCUCAAAAUGUUAUUUAUGCCCUGGCCAUUAACCUGGGUUUGUAGCAUUGACCAGCUGGUUCUGCCAGAUAGAGUAUGACUGGCCCACAGGUAUACCAAUUAAACUUUAUAUUAAGUUUA